GCUUAGACAAGAAUAAGAACCCCAACGUCUUCAAAAUGGGUGAGAAACUUAGUAAGAUUAUAUCGGCUGGAGGAGUGCAAGCUGGGGGUUCAGUGCUAGACAGGGUCAUUUCCCAACCCAGCAGCGAAGACCAUACAGUGUUGUAUAAACUGGCAGAUUAUAAAAAGGGUGGGCUUCUUCUGGAGACAUACAACAAACAUGGAAUGCUGGCAGCUGAGAAAUUAAUCAGAGAUGAGUUUGCAGCAUAUAUGUAUGCCGGCGGGAGAGGCAGGGUCAUAAAUCGAGCGGAAUACUUGAGGUGGAAGUUCAGAGAUCAGGAACAGGUGGUGUUACCAAUAGAAGCGUCGCUCUCUCCCCACGACCCCCUCGCUAAAUGGGAAGACCAUACCGCAUGUUGGCAGAUGUGCUACAGAGGCGCUCUCGGAGAGUCUCUGCUUCACGUACUUAUCAUUUGUGAUACCAAAAUACACACAAGAUUAGCAAGAACUCUAGUAAAAUGCUUUCCAAAACUGUCCUUGGAUGUUGUGGAAGGCGAGGAAUAUUUAGGUGCAAGUUCUCUUCACCUGGCAAUAGCAUACAGUAAUAACGAGUUGGUUCAGGAUCUUGUGGAAGCAGGAGCGGAUGUCAACCAGAGAGCUAUUGGUAGCUUUUUCCUCCCCCGGGACCAACAACGGGUACCUCCAGCGAGACAGACGAAUUACGAAGGUCUAGCAUACUUAGGGGAGUAUCCCCUAGCCUGGGCAGCAUGUUGUGCCAACGAAGGCGUAUACAACCUGCUUUGUGACUCCGGGGCUGAUCCUGACAAACAGGACUCGUUUGGAAACAUGAUACUUCAUAUGGUGGUCGUUUGUGAUAAACUGGAUAUGUUCGGGUACGCGCUCCGUCACCCGAAGGUGCCAGCCAGCAACGGUCGCAUGAACUUGGCAGGCUUCACGCCACUUACCCUGGCAUGCCAGUUGGGUCGAGCAUCGGUCUUCCGGGAGAUGUUGGAACUAUCCGCCAAGGAGUUCUGGCGGUACUCCAACAUAACUUGUUCUGCUUACCCCCUUAACGCUCUGGAUACAUUGCUACCUGAUGGAAGAACUAAUUGGAACUCUGCCUUAUUCAUAAUUCUGAACGGAACGAAACAAGAACAUUUGAACAUGUUAGAUGGUGGCAUUAUACAGAGGCUUUUAGAAGAAAAAUGGAAGACAUUUGCCAGGAACAAAUUCCUCAAACGCCUUCUUAUCCUGAUGCUGCAUCUCCUCCUCCUAUCCCUCUCAGUCUACCUCCGUCACAGCAGCGCAGAGGCUGAUGCUCACCCCGACUGGGGCUUGGAAGUGACUGACGCGAGGAGUGGCAUUCGACUGGCUAGUGAACUGGGAACUCUGGCCAGUACUCUCUGCUAUAUUAUUCUACAGCAAGGAGAUGAGCUGAAGAAUCAGGGCGUGGUGGCGUAUUUCAAACAGCUGAUCCACGAGCCGGCAAAAUUCAUCUUCCUAAUGUCAAACUUGCUACUGCUAGCAUGUAUACCAGCACGGUUGAUGAGGCAGCCCAUGCUCGAGGAAGCUUUGCUCAUAUUUCUACUGCCUGGCUGUUGGUUCCUGCUUAUGUUCUUCGCUGGUGCCGUAAAGCUGACUGGACCAUUCGUGACGAUGAUCUACAGCAUGAUCACAGGAGACAUGUUCACUUUCGGCAUCAUCUACUCCAUUGUUCUGUUUGGAUUCUCGCAGUCCUUCUACUUUCUAUACAAAGGUUUCCCUAACGUGCAGUCGACACUGUUCUCAAGCUACCCUAGCACAUGGAUGGCAUUGUUCCAAAUAACUUUAGGAGAUUAUAGUUACACAGACCUCAGCAUGACAACGUACCCAAAUCUAUCAAAGACAGUGUUCGCAGUAUUCAUGGUGUUUGUACCCAUUCUACUGCUAAACAUGUUGAUAGCCAUGAUGGGGAACACCUAUGCUCAUGUCAUUGAGCAGUCCGAGAAGGAAUGGGUUAAACAGUGGGCAAAAAUAGUCGUAUCUCUAGAACGUUCGGUGGCCCAAGAGGAUGCUCACAAGUACCUACAAGAGUACUCGAUAGGCUUGGGCCCGUCUGAUGACCCUCGGUAUGAGGUGAGAGCAGUCAUGGUCAUCAAGAGCGCAGCCAAGACUAGAGCCAAGCAGAGGAAGGGCGCUUUGACUAAUUGGAAGCGCGUCGGAAAAGUGACGAUAGCGGAAUUGCGUCGACGCGGCAUCAGCGGCGAAGAAUUACGUCGACUUAUGUGGGGCAGGGUGUCUAUAUCUACACCUACUAAGGCACCAUUAGGCCGUCGAGCCGCGGCGGCGCCCCCACCGGACUGCGUGACUUCAUCUACCGGCGCACUGGUACCUCAUGCAGGAGGCGAGGGCAUCGGAGUGGCUCCGGCACUCUCUUCAGCUCUGAACGUCAUGGCCUUUACACAGGAGAUGAACUUGGGCACUGGAACCAUUGGUUCAGAACCUAAGCAACCGACUCCAGAUUUGUUGGUCAACGGAAAGACAGGACAAAUGCCGCUCGUUUCAACCCCUAACCAACUUAGUGUCCCUUCAGUAUUUCCUCAGAACAAAUCUAGUUUAGAGAUAGGUCAUACUGCUACUACAGUUGGUAGUACAAUCCCGGCUGCGAUAACAAGUACUGCCCAAAUACCGGUAUCAGGAACUCAGGUUCCAUAUGGUUUUAUGCCCCAACAGGGUCCAAUGCUCCAAGGUCAAAUGCCAAUGCAAGUUGGUCAAAUGCCAUACUCCAGUCAAAUUCCAUUAGCUGGUGCCCAAAUGCCUCUACCGGGAGGUCAGAUGCCUUACACAGGCACGCAAAUGCCACUGCCAGGUGCCCAAAUGCCACUUCCAGGAGCUCAAAUGCCACUCCCAGGGGCGCAAAUACCACUUCCAGGUGCCCAAAUGCCACUCCCAGGAGCUCAAAUGCCACUCCCAGGAGCUCAAAUGCCACUCUCAGGAGCGCAAAUGCCACUUCCAGGGGCACGAAUGCCACUUCCAGGCGCCCAAAUGCAAUUGCCGACUCCCCAAAUACAAGUAACAGGUUCUCAAAUGCUACCAGGAGUUCAAAUGCCGAUAAUGAGCGGACAAAUGCCAGUUCCUGGAGGAAUGCAACCGGGCAUGCAAAUGUAUGGUCCAAUGCCGUAUGGGCAGCCUGGACUUAUGUAUCCGAUUCAAGGACAGAUGUAUGGUCCGGGGAUGCAACAAAUGAUUGAAAUACAAAUUCAGAAGCCGGUGUCUGACGAGGUAUUUCGUGACUAUCUGUUCGAGCUGAUCAUCAUGGCGGAGGAGCCGACACCAGACACCUCGGAGCUCAAGGCUCUCGCUGAAAAGGCUGCAGACCUAGACCAUGUGCCCGAAAUCGAUAUCAAUGUUUCUACGGCAGCACGGUCUGCACGAAAAGUUGUGGCAGGCGCGGUGUCAGGACUGUUCGGAGUAGCCGCACCCGCUCAGACCGACACUGGCUGGAAGCGUGAGAGGAACGAGAACAGCGACAGCGAUCCUAUAUCAGAAUCUGUUUUAUUGGGACGAGCGUCGCGAGCUCGCCGAGCCCGGUCGGCGUCCCGUCGGGCAGCCCCACCGCCGCCUCAUCUAUAUGUCCCAGCCAGGUCUAUGUACUUGGUGGCAUCAGAAAGCAGUGCUGUGGAAAGUGAUGUAGACCAUCAGAGUUCCGGCAAUAACUCAGCCCUGGGCGACAAGGCUCGCAUUAGAGCCGCGAGACCUCUGUGCAUCCUGUCUGCUACUGGGGCACCUGGGCCUGAACAUGUGCAGCAUUCAAUGCUAGUUGUUGGGUCCGGUAAUGGAGCUGACGUCGAAAGUGCUGCGCCAAUUCCGGUGGCAAACAAAAACGUAAAAACUCGGAGACCGAAAACUGCACGUCCUAGGCGAAAUAGGGUAUCUCCUUCUCCAGUCAUCGAGGCAGGCAGUCCUCUGCAGCCUUGGGCAACCGCGCCGCUGUCCCGACUCUCUCAGCUCAUAAGGACAUCUAGUGCAUCCACGGCAUCGCUCAACUCCCAUACGUCAGACGAUGACUCUAACAGCCAAACACGACGGAGAUACUAACGUGUUACGAAUUCCGGAAGGUUUGCCUUCACUGCCAUCUUCAAGAUUUUUAGCAUUUCUACGUUAGUUUAGAUGUGUAGUACUUAUUACUUCAGAGAUAAACUAUUCAUCAUAAUAUACCUACCUAGUUGUUACCUAGUCAUCAGAGCUAGAAUACGUGUUUAUAACUCAUAUUAUUAUAAGUUCGAUUAAACAUAGUUUCAUGUGUUUUGUGUGUGUGUAGAUGGAAAUGACCGUUAGCUUUAAUUUAACAGUGAUAGCAAGAAAAUAAAUAUAUUUAUUGACUAGAUGUAACCAGUAUUUACUACGUGAAGACAAGGCAGGACUUAUCGUGUAACUAUGUUUUCUCAUAUCUGUGAUAAAAUAAAACAAAACAUAGUUUUAAUAUAAUUUAUUAUAUCGCCCCUAACUCGUUGCUGUGAAAACCAAUAUUACGCAAUCAAAUUCAAAAUAUGUAAAAAUGCACUUAACAUGAAAAUAAAAUAAUGUGGAAUAGA